AUGGAAUUUGGGUCUGAUUUUUCACGAGCUAUUAGAGCAAUGAGACCACCAAUAUCAAAUAUACCAAUCAUUAUUCUAACCACUUUAUCCAUAAAAGAAAUACAAAACAAAUGUAUCGAAUCAGGAAUAAAUGAUUAUCUUGCAAAACCACUGAAAACUGAUGAACUUGAAAAAGUUUUAGCUAAGUGGAUUCGUAAAAAUUAA